UCCCUCCAUCAAUUUCCCAUUCGGCCUUCCUCCUUCACGCCUCCAGCACCGGCACCAACUCAGGAGCCACUAGCGGCAGCAACCCACCGGCACCAUCGCCCUUCACGAUGUUGAAUAUAUAUGAAAUAGUGGAAGAUCUUUUUGACCUAAUUGAAACCUGCUUCAAGUAAGGUUUAUCUACACUUUGUAAGUGUCGCAUCUGCUGAUCUGCAGUGCUACUCUGCUAUCGGCUUUUGAAUUUUUAUACCAGCAGCCUCAAGGGCCUGGGACCUUAUUCAACAAGCAUAAAGAAAGCUGAAAAGGAAAUCAAGGAAAUGGCUAAAAAGAUUAAUGAUUUAUGUGGUAUAACGGAAUCUGACCCUGGCUUAGCUGCACCAAGCCAAUGGGAUUUGGUUUCUGAUAAGCAAAUGAUGCAAGAAGAGCAACCCCUUCAGGUGGUGAGAUGUACAAAAAUAAUCAGUCCUAAUACUGAAGAUGCAAAAUAUGUGAUAAAUGUCAAGCAAAUAGCAAAGUUUAUUGUUGGAUUUGGUGACAAAGUUUCACCAACUGAUAUUGAAGAGGGCAUGCGAGUUGGCGUUGAUCAGAAUAAAUAUCAAAUCCAGAUUCCUCUGCCUCCCCAAAUUGAUCCAAGUGUCACCAUGAUGACAGUUGGAAAAGCCUGAUGUGAACAUAUACUUUCUCAGGUCUAUUUGUAGAGCUUGUGCAUAGCAAUGAACUAUUUGUAGAGCUUAUAGUCUCUCUUGGUGUUGUCCUCCAAAAAUAUAGUCAACACAAGCAAGGUAUGAACUUUUAUGGUCCUGUUUUCACAUUUCUAUAUUAUUUGUAACUGUAUAUGUAUUAAGUGUUUCCAAUCUACUGAUCUUAAUUUCCAGAGAGCCGGUAGCCAUGAAAGUAGUGGCGUUGGGCUAGAUGACUUUGGUUUCAAUGAUGAUACACAAUCUCCUACGCAAGCGGAAUGGAAAUAAAGAUUCUAACUUCUUUUGUGAUGCUUAAUGUGAUGUAAGAAGUAUUUUGAUUUGUAAAGUAGUAUUUUAGAAUUAGAAACUAAUUUUUUUAGAGGUGGAUAUUAGAAUUAUGUAACUAAAUUUGCUAUUGAAAUGUAUAAUUUUUGAAGUGAUAUUGUAUUGUUAUGCAAUUA